UCUUGUGCAAUGAGAACCAAAGAAAUAAUUAUUUCAAUAAAUUUGUCAUAUUCUUAUAUCUCGUUCUGAUUAAUUGUUAGAAGUAAAUUUGAUUCAUAUAGUUUACACAUUAAUUGAAUAAAUGAAAUAGAAUUCAAGAUAGAUUUUAAAAAUACAACAAACUAUUCUGGGAAGUUUGACAAAACUAACCCAGAAAAAAGUUGACAGAAAUUUUGAUCUGUCAAAAGUACCCUCUAAUUCUGAUUAAGUUUUUGUUUAGAUGUUUCAAUUCGUCUGAAUUGGCUAUUUGUAGUUUGAUUAUACUGUCAAGUAAAAACAAAAAAUGAUUAAAUUGUUUUCACUGAAACAGCAAAAGAAGGAUGGUGAAGCUUCUCCUAGAGGAGGCCAGCAGAAAAAAGCUUCAGCUGCUCAGCUGAGGAUCACAAAAGAUAUCAAUGAACUUAAUUUACCUAAAACAUGUGCUACUGAAUUCUCAGAUCCAGACGAUUUACUAAAUUUCAGAUUAAUUAUUUGUCCAGAUGAGGGAUUUUAUAAAAAUGGUCGAUUUAUAUUCAGUUUCAAAGUAGGACCUAAUUACCCACAUGAACCUCCUAAAGUGAAAUGUGAAACCUCUGUUUAUCAUCCAAACAUUGAUCAGCAAGGAAAUGUAUGUUUGAAUAUACUAAGGGAAGAUUGGAAACCUGUCCUUACUAUCAAUAGCAUUGUAUAUGGUUUGCAAUAUUUAUUCCUUGAGCCAAACCCAGAAGAUCCCUUAAAUAAAGAAGCAGCAGAAGUAUUAUCAAAUAAUAGAAGAGUUUUUGAAACAAAUGUUCAAAAAGCAAUGCGAGGUGGAAAUGUAGGAGGAGUAUAUUUUGAUAGAUGUCUAGCAAAGUGAUGAAAAUGAAAUGCGUGUUUUGAUGAUAACUUGCAAAUUGUCUUUUAGAAGAGGAACCUUAUUCAAGUGAACAAAAUUUCUUGACCUUUGCAUUUUGAAUAAAAAUUAUUCUGAACUGUUUAUUUAAGUGAAGUGUGUAAAAUACAGAAUUGAAAUGAUUAAAUUAGUAAGUCUAUAUAUUAGCAUUACAAUAUCUAUCUCAUAUUUAUAACAUAUACUGUUUGAUUUCUGAACCUUUAAGAAUGUCAUUUUGAGUUUAUCUUCAUCGUACUUAAACCUGAAACAAUUUAAAAAUGUUUUUCUGAAGUAGAUUUUCAAUACCACUACUUAAUUUCUUGAAUGUUUGAAAAAAUAAUUAAUGAGAUUUCUUUUUAAACAUUUGUCUCCGAUUAUAUUAUAUUGUUGAUGUGAUAUACAUAAUUUCAAUAUGAUUAUUUCGAUUAUCUCUUUUAAGGAUUUGAUAAAACUGAUGUCAUAUUUAUAGUUGAAUUUAUAUAUAUGUUCCAAAUUAACAUUGCAAGGAUUAUAAUAUUUCAAAAUUUCCAUAGUUAUAUUUUUUCUUAUGUCUGUCUUUUAUUACUUUUAUUCCAAAAUAUUUUUUUUAGGAAGAGAUCAUCCAAUUGUGGUAAUAUAUUUUCAUCAGCAGAUACAUGUUUGUGAGUUUGAAAGGGUUAAUAAAACAGUUCUCAAAUAUUGUUAUGAUUGAAGAAAGUUGCUGAUUUAACAAUAUUUUUUACUUCUCCUCUACCUCUUGUGGUUUUAAUUUUUCUUUUUGGAAAUUUUGUUUGUAAACAUAAUUUUUCAAAUUUGUCAUUAGGUAUUCUCUCAGACCUAUUUUAGGACUGAAUAUUCUCAAUUAGCAGAAGGAAAUAUUUUUUCAACGACAAAAUUUUCUUUACUUGGAUAGGUUCUCUAAUAAAAAACAAUUCAAAGUUGAUCACAAAUAUAAAUGUAUCUUUAUAAUGUUAAUGUUCCAAAGUACUAUUGUUGAAAUAAUUUGACAUAGUGAUUCUUAAUUUUUUCUGAAUAAGGUAUAAUUUUAGUAGUUUCAUCAUAUGUUUUCUAAUAUUUGCCUACUUGCUUUUUCUAAGAGAUAUUAGUACAUUGAAUCUUUGAAAACCUGAAGGCCAAUAAUGUUCAUUGAACUAAAAGAAAAAUUUAUGGUUGUCUAGUCAAACUUUUAUAUUCAGCAGCUGAGAAAUAUUCUUGAAUUAUUUCAGCUCUUUUGAUGGAAUAUAUGUUACGUUUCAAUAUUUGCUAUUCAUUUAUAAUCAAUUAAUUCUUUUCCAAUAAUUUCAGUGCUCUGAAGUAAUAUCUUAAAAGUGCAAAAUCAAUGGAAUAUAUUGAUAGAAAUACUCAACCUCAAGGAUACUGGGUAUCCGAUCAUAGUAAUUUUUUAUAUUAAUACCAAAAAAUACUUAAUUAUAAGUCAAAAUUUGUUGGAAAAAAAUAUUUUUGAAAGAUUUGCAUUGCUUAGAAAAUCAUAUGAUCUUAUAUUGUUUUAAUUGAUAUUGUUGGAAAAAAAAUUCACAUUUCUGUAAAUAAAACAUUACUUUUUUUUGAUUUUCUGCUACUUGUCACGUUGCUUUUCAUAUACAAGGUCUUUAUUAUAAAUGAUUGUAACAUCACA